AUGCUCCAUCACCCAAGCGGUCCAGGUUUGAUCAUCAUAAGGCUGCUUGAAUCAUCCGAGGGGCAAACUGAAGCAAGUCAGAAUGUUACUUAUGGAAAAAGCUACUCCAACAAUUUGGAUGUGGUGCCUGAAAAUGAUGAUGAGGAGGAUAGUGAAGAUGACCAUGAGUUAUUGAUUGACACUAUUGCCAGGGAACAAAUGGAGAAAAAUCAGCAACAUGAUGGGGAUAUUGUGAGGGUUUGUGAGGAUGCUAUUGUGAAAGAAAGUAUUCCAGAUUGCAAGGAACCUUGUAAGGUUGCCAGCGAUACAGCUUCAGAUUUCCAGCAGAAGGCUCCUGUGAUUGAUGCAGCACCUAAGGUUGAUGAUACCUCCGCCCUCUUGAAAGCUCCGGCAACACCUGUUGUAUCUAAAGAGAUUGUGUGUCUGGGCUACCAUCAAAAUACAUAUGAAAGAUCGUAUGCCUCUGUUGUAUGCAAUAAAGAACGGUCAUCGAUUCCUGUGGUAACUGAGGUGGGACAGGACUAUCACUAUGAACCUGCUGUAUCUCCAGCGUAUACUGUGCAGUCUCCUGAAGAGGAAUCCGGGGAAAAAUCAUCUAUCAAGACGGUGGAUAAUAAUGAUGAAGAGCUGGAGGAUGGGAGGAGAUCUAUGAGGAACCAACAACAGAAGAUGGAGAAAGUCAUGGAUCAAGCUGCUGCUCUAUCCAAGAAAAGGAAUCUAGAAGGCCUUUACAAAGCUGAGGAUGCAGAGAAGAUUAGAGGAGGUGCGAAGAAGUUGAUCACCAUGGCGGCAGAAUUGGCAAGGAAGAAGCAGGAGACCCCGGAGCCAGGACUGCUGAUGAUUGAAGAUCGUGAUCGUCGGACUGCUCAAAUCUGAAGAGCUGGAAGUCUAGUUGCUGAUGCCUGUUAACCUUUUGGUUUCGAAGGAUGUACUAUGUGAUAAACACCUUUUUUAGUCUUAGUGUUGAUAGGUUUUUGCCCCGUAGUAGAUGUCUCGAUGCCGAGGCAUCUGUCAGCGGGUUUCCUAUCGAUGCAAGGGCGCUCUUUCUUUCCUGUUUCCUUUUGAUGUGUUUUGGAAGUAAUUCUUGAACAAUGUAUAUUUCCGUUAUGUUAAGUAAUGGAAAGGGGAGUAGCCCGAAUUAAAAAAAAA